ACGCGGAUUAACCAUUUUGACUACAUAUCUUGGACUAUUACUGCAUACCCGUCAUCCUUUCGGAAUAAACGCCGCCCCCAGCAUCUUCCAGCGGAUUGUGGAUGAUAUGGUGAAGGAUACACCCCUUACUUGUGCUUAUUUGGAUAAUAUCCUGGUUUCUUCCCGAAGUGAAGCUGAAUACUUAAAAACACUUCAAACGAUGUUGGAACGUUUGGAAUCGAAUGGAUUGAAACUGAAGAAAUCUAAAUACUGGCUUGACCUAAACAUUGUCAUUACGGAUGCACCCAGACCAGUACAACUGUCUGGAUCGCCUCGGGAGUAUCACUGUCGCCUACAGUUGCCCACUUCUACGGAGCCUGUCUAUGACAAUCAUGUUGCUUGGGACCCACUCACCGCCCAAGGUUUGCAGUACGUACAUCCGCAUAUCCUGCGUCUUGACUCCUCUACUCCUGAAGGCGUUUAUUCCCCAGUUUGCCGAUUCACCUAUGAUCCUUUCGUACUGAACAACACUGUGGAGUUUCUUGUACUGGCUUCACCGGCUGGUUUGAUGCUCACGAUGCACCCAAGCUCAAGUGUCAUUAUAAUUGACGACAUUGACAUACUUUUCGUCCGACUGACAUGGUACGGAGAGCGCCAGCCUUCCGAACAAGCAUUACUCGAUGCGGAGCCUCGAUACUGUCAAGGCUGGAUUGACCGCCGCGAGGACGAUCCUGCUGCACAUCCAUUGUCCUUUGUGAACUACUUGCCAGCAAUCGAGCUGCACACCGGAUUGCUUCAGCUCAACUGCUCCUGCAGUGUCGGUGACACUUGUUUCAAAUCUUUCAUUGCAUAUCUUGUUCGUCUGAUGGACAUGGAAUUGUUUUGCAUCCCACGAUUGACAGUAAACUUGGAACAAGGCCAGCAGGAACAUUUACUUUGUGAGCACAGAUACACCGUAGAGGAUAAACGCAUUCAAAGCCGUCUCUCAUCGACCACGGUCCGACGAAAGGCCGCAUGCACAGAGCAGACAGGCCACCUCGAUGUACGGGACGGGAAAUUACGUAUACAACUGCCGUUUCCUCCACUUGGGAGUUACGAGGUGGAUUGCGCCAGCAACCAAAGUCUCAUACCGGUGCAUAUAUACAGUGAGUAUGGUUUCGGUUUACUUCAAGAAGUUGAGUAA